AUGGUAAUUAUACUAUUUGAGAGCAAUUGUCUAACGGCUUGGUUUAGUAAACUUCCUAAUUGGUUGGAGUAUAGCGUAGCCAAAAAUGCAGCAUUUUGUUUAUGCUGUUAUCUUUCAAACGCCGAUAUUAGAGAUCAAGUUAGUGGUGAUUCUUUUGUUGGUAAGGGUUUCUCAAAUUGGAAGGAAAAAAAAAUUCAGACUCAUGUUGGAGGUCCUAAUAGUGCUCAUAAUCAAGCUUUGAGUAAAUGUCAAGACUUGUUAAACCAAAGCCAACAUAUUCAAACGAUUUUUUUCAAACAAUCUGAUCAAGCUCGAAUUGAGUAUCAAGCCCGUUUGAAUUCAUCGGUUGAUUGUGUCAAAUCUCUUCUAAGACAAGGAUAUGAUGGGGCUAGUAAUAUGCAAGGUGAGUUCAAUGGUCUUAAAACACUUAUACUGAAAGAGAAUCCUUGUGCAUAUUAUGUUCAUUGUUUUACUCAUCAAUUACAAUUGGCACUUGUAGCUGUGGCAAAGAAUCAUAAUCAAAUUUCUUUACUUUUCACUUUGGUUUCUAAUGUAGUGAAUGUUGUUGGAGCAUCAUGUAAACGUCGAGAUAUUGUUAGGGAGAAGCAAGCUGCAAAAGUUGCUGAGGCACUUAAUACUAGAGAGCUAUCCAGUGGGCAAGGCUUAAAUCAAGAAACUAAUCUUAAACAUGCUGGUGAUAUACAUUGGGGUUCACAUUAUGGUACUUUAGUCAGCUUGGCUAGUAUGUUUUCAACAGUGAUUGAUGUGCUUGAAAUGAUUUUGGAAGAUGGUUCAAAUUCAGAACAACGAGCAAAAGCAAAUGUAUUGUUGGACUCAAUUCAAUCAUUUGAGUUUGUAUUCAACCUUCAUUUGAUGAAAACGAUAUUGGCUAUUACAAGUGAGUUAUCACAAGCACUACAAAGGAAAGAUCAGGAUAUUGUUAAUGCCAUAAAUUUAGUUCAAAUUUCUAAAGUAUGGUUCCAAAAGAUGAGGGAGAGUGGGUGGACAUCUUUACUGGAUGACAUUUUGUCUUUUUGUGAAAAGAAUGAAAUUGAUGUUCCCCAAAUGGAAGAUAUAUUUGUAGCUCGAGGGAGAAAAAGGCGCAAUGCUCAAGAAAUUAAAAACUUACAUCACUAUCGCGCUGAGUUAUUCUACACUGUUUUGGAUAUGCAAAUUCAAGAACUAAAUGCUCGUUUCACUGAAUUGAACACUGAGUUGUACCUUUGUGUGGCAUGUUUGAAUCCAUCUAACUCUUUCUCUAGUUUUGACAGGAAAAAGUUAAUUCAUCUUGCUGAAUUUUAUCCCAAAGAAUUUUCUUCAGUGGAGCUCAUGGUACUUAAUAAUCAACUUGACACAUAUAUUAUCGACAUGCUAUGCAGUAGUGAGUUCUCAAUGUUGAAUGGAAUUGCCGAUCUUGCUAAGAAAAUUGUGGCGACUGGAAGAGACAAAGUAUAUCCAUUGGUGUAUUUGCUCUUGACUUUAGCAUUAAUCUUACAUGUUGCAAUUGCUACUGUUGAGAUGGUGUUUUCAGCUAUGAAUAUUGUGAAGAAUCGGUUGCGGAACCGAAUGGGUGAUGAAUGGAUUAAUGAUAGCUUAGUUGUCUACAUUAAGAGAGAUAUUUUUUAUGGAAUUGACAAUGAUACUAUUAUGGAAAGAUUUCAAAAGAUGAAAACUCGACAAGGUUAA